GAUAGAGAACAAAUUUCAUGGUCAGCCUAUUGACCGCAAAUUUGGGAACAGUUUUCUGUUUAUCUCAAAGAAACACGUGCUCCACUCGUGGACAAUCCAUAAUCGCGAUUUAUAUUCUCAAGUUUUUCACAAUCUCACUUACUACUCGCUUGAUGUUCUUCACGUUCCUUUUCAGUUCUGGACAGUUCUUCAACUCUUUGUAAAAAUUCCUCGAUGUAUCUGUAUAUGAGUGUGUGUUUCAACAGUUUGUGCGGAUGCUGGAUUGGAAGCUCUAACGGACUCAUCAUUUUUAUGCUCGAAUUGUCAAAUCGUAGGUGAUUAUUAUUAUUAUUUUAAAUCGAGGGAAUCAAAAGUAUCAACAUGGCCCUGGACUUUUAUGCUGGAUGUCUUGGAGGUUGUGCUGGAGUAUUAGUUGGACACCCAUUUGACACUGUUAAGUUUAAAUUUUUCAGGUCCGGCUUCAAACGCAGGACAGCAAGAACAAAAUUUAUCGAGGAACUUUCCAUUGCAUAUCAACUAUUAUCAAACAGGAAUCCUAUCAGGGUUUAUAUAAAGGGAUGUCUUCACCCAUGGCCGGACUGGCCGCAGUCAAUGCCAUUGUUUUUGGAGUAUAUGGAAACUUAGUCAGAGCCUCAACAUCCGAUAAUCUUCUUUUGAAUCAAUUUUUGGCUGGAAGUACUGCCGGUGUUGUGCAAAGUCUUGUGACAAGUCCAAUGGAGCUUGCUAAAACUAGAAUGCAACUUCAGGGACAAGAGAACCGUCUCGUUCGGACAGCCUACUGGACAAGAAACAGUGUGACAUAUAAAAAUCCAGUGGAUUGCUUAGUGAAAGCAUUCAAGAUGGAAGGCACUCGUGGUCUUUACAGAGGAUUGUGGUGCACCAUUCUCAGAGAUGCUCCAGGAUUCGGAGUAUACUUUUCAAGCUAUGAGUACCUAACUAGUAAAGUGACCAAGGGGAAUACUCUAUCUUUACUAUCUGUUGGCGGGUUAGCUGGCGUUAUUUCUUGGAUAGUCAUAUAUCCUUUCGAUGUGAUCAAAUCUCGUUUGCAAGUUGAUGGAAUGGAUGGUAAACCGAGAAAGUACAAUAAUUUAUUCGACUGUGUGCGAAAGAGUUAUAAAGAAGAAGGACUACAAGUGUUCACAAGAGGACUGAAUUCCACAAUAAUUCGUGCUUUUCCCACGAAUGCUGCCACCUUUGCUGUGUUCACUUGGGUGUUCAUGAUUUUCGAAUCUCCUUCUGCCCCAAAAAUAAGUGUGGAACAAGCAAAAGGUGUUUUAAUGCUAGAAAAAGAAAUGCAAAAUUACGCCUAGUGCAACGUUCUGAACACACCUUCGAGAUUCGGUUUUGUAUAUAUAUAGCGUGACUUAUGUGUUAUAGAUGAUAUAAUGUAAACUACUUUUGUACAUAUAUUUAUAUUAAAGCUUUUAUUUUACUUUUGCUUGCAAUUUA